AUGAAGACCUUUUUGAGAAACAUCACCAUUGUUUUAUCAGUUGCUGUGGGAAUAUUCUCUAUUUUGGCGCUGCUCUUGACGAAAGAAGAUCUUUCUCUUUUGACGAGUGCUACGAACUCGGUACUUGAAAAAAUCUUGACGACUACUACAACGAGAACAACGACAAACGCCAACAUAAACACCAACAUAAACACCAACACAAACACGGACACAAACAUCAUCCCAGAAAACAUCAUGCCCGCCACCACCACCACCACCGCCCGGCUCAUCCCCCGGCUCAUCCGGCAAACCUUCCUGGCCGUCGAGCAAGCCGAAGGUGCCGGCGCGCGCGUCCGCCGCUCCAUCGGCAACGCCAAACUCCGCAACUUCUCCCCCUUCCUCAUGCUCGACCACUUCACCUCCUCCGCCGGCGGCUUUCCCGACCACCCCCACCGCGGCCAGGAAACCAUCACCUACCUGAUCGACGGCGCCAUCGACCACGAGGACUUUGCGGGCAACCGCGGCCGUUUGGGUGCCGGCGACCUGCAGUUCAUGACGGCCGGCCGCGGGAUUGUCCAUGCCGAGAUGCCGGUGCAUGGUGAGGAUGGGAAGCCGAAUGUCGGGUUGCAGUUGUGGGUGGAUUUGCCCAAGAAGUUGAAGGCGUGUGAGCCGCGGUAUCGCGAUCUGCGCGCGGAGGAGAUCCCCAUUGCGGAGGCGGAUGAGGGGAAGGUGAAGAUCAAGGUUAUUAGCGGCCAGAGUCAGGGGGUGGACUCGGUAAGGGAUCUGGCGUACACACCCGUGUGGUUGUUGGAUAUCGAGAUCCAGCCUGGCGGCAAGAUUGUGCAGCCGCUGCCGGAGGGGUGGAAUGCGUUUGCGUAUGUGCUGGAGGGGGAGGUGUUGAUUGGGGAGGAAGGGAACCAGAGGCCUGUGGGGCAGUUCCAUAACGCGGUGUUUGAGGGUGAGGGCCAGGCGGUGUAUGCGGCGGUGGAUAAGGGGGCGGAGAGGAGUGCGCGGUUUGUGUUGGUCGCGGGCACGCCGUUGGAUCAGAAGAUUGUGCAGUAUGGGCCGUUUGUGUUGACGAGCCAGGAGGAGGUGUAUCAGGCGUUUAUGGACUACCAGACGCACUCGAAUGGGUUUGAGAGGGCGGCCGGAUGGGAGAGUGAGAUUGGGAAGAGGAUUUAG